UACUUCUUGCGCUGUUUUUUGGUCUACUUUUGUAGCCUCACUCUCUACCAUCAUUGUUCCCUCUCCAUUACUCAUAUUAUUAUCCAACCUUCCCCACUUCACAACACUUACAUUUCCAUUAAUCAUUGUCCACCUUCACUCUUCUAAUCAACAAGAUUCUCCAUUUUCCUUUUAUCUUUUUCUUUAAAAAAUUAACCCCAUUUCUUGUUUUUCAUUUUUACCCCAUUUUCAGAAGCAGACAUGGUUGAAGUUGAAAAAACCUUAUGGAUAGACCUGUGUCACACAAUGACAAAAAAGAUGUCUCUUUGGAAUUUCAGCCACAGCUCAAGCAUUUUAUUCCACUAGAGCCUUGUACUAAAUCCAAGAACCAAACCCAUUUUUCUGCAUUGAAAUUUAAGGUUUCAAAAUCCCUUAAAAAUCUUUAUCAUAAAGCUAAAGUCUCAAACUUUGGUAGUAAAAGGUUUGAAUUUGAUGGCAUUGUGAUGACCAACUCUGUUUAUUGUGCUUCUCCUGGUUUUCUUGAUGAUAACAUGGAGGUUUUGUCUGAUAAUUAUGGGGAAAAUGGUGGAAAGAUUGGGUCUUUAAUGUGUUUGAAUGCAAAGAUGAUAGGUAGAGAGAGCUGUUCAAGUUCUGGUUUUUUGGUGUCAGAGGAAACUGUGAAUGAAGAAGAAGAUAGUGGGUCUGAGGAUUCAUGUUCUCCAUCUUCAAUUGUUUGGCAUAUUGAGGAGAAUGAGGUCCGACAGCAUUGUGCAAAUUCUGAUGUUUCUGAAGAAGUAGAGAAACCGUAUGUGGAUAAAAGGAAAUUAGAGAAACAAGGGUCUUGUUUGUCUGAGAUUGAAAUGAUGAAGGAAAGAUUUUCAAAAUUGCUGCUGGGAGAGGACAUGUCUGGUUGUGGAAAUGGGGUUUGCACAGCACUAGCAAUUUCAAAUGCUAUUACUAAUCUAUGUGCUACUCUUUUUGGGCAAAUUUGGAGAUUAGAACCUUUACCUCCAGAGAAAAAGUUAAUGUGGCGUAGAGAAAUGGAAUGGCUUCUCUGUGUUAGUGAUCAUAUUGUAGAAUUGAUACCCUCUUGGCAAACAUUUCCAGAUGGAACCAAGCUUGAGAUCAUGACGUCUAGGCCGCGGUCAGACCUUUAUAUCAACCUUCCAGCACUUCGUAAACUCGACAACAUGCUUCUUGAGAUAUUAGACAGUUUCAGAAGCACGGAAUUUUGGUAUGUUGAGCAAGGGAUCUUAGCUCAGGAAUCUGAUGGGUCGUCCUCUUUCAGAAAUCCUCUACCCCGUCAAGAGGAGAAAUGGUGGCUUCCCGUACCUAGAGUUCCCUCCGGUGGUCUCAGUGAAGAUGCAAGAAGGCAAUUGCAGCACAGACGUGACUGCACAAACCAAAUACUGAAAGCUGCAUUGGCUAUUAACAGCAAUUCCUUAGCGGAAAUGGAUGUGCCCGAGUCAUAUUUAGAAGGCCUUCCUAAGAAUGGAAAAGCUAGCUUAGGUGAUCUUAUCCACAGAUAUAUCACCUCGGAUCAAUUUUCACCUGAAUGUUUGCUGGACUGCCUUGACUUGUCUUCUGAGCAUCAAGCAUUAGAGAUAGCAAACCGAGUGGAGGCCUCAAUUUAUGUGUGGCGUAGAAGAACUCACUCAAAACCUUUGAGUGGUGCGCAUAGGUCCAGUUCAAAGUCCUCGUGGGAAAUGGUUAAGGAUUUGAUGAUUGACGGUGAUAAGAGGGAGUUGCUUGCAGAUAGAGCUGAAAGCCUUUUGCUUUGCCUAAAGCAACGUUUUCCUGGUCUUCCACAGACAACCUUAGACAUGAGUAAAAUUCAAUAUAACAAGGAUGUUGGAAAAUCUAUUUUGGAGAGCUACUCAAGAGUUCUUGAGAGCCUGGCGUUCAAUAUUAUUGCACGCGUUGAUGACCUGCUUUAUGUGGAUGAUUUGAAUAAGCACUCAGAUCAAUUUGUGCCAGUUUCCAAAGUCGGUAUCAUUGCUCAUAAGAGCAUGGGAACUCCACUCGCUGUACCUGUCAAUGGCACUCCAUACAAAACAGCUUUCACCACACCAAGCUUCUCUCCUUCCCAACUUAUUAGUCCAGCAAAGGGAGAAAGAUCCAAAAUCCUCGAUAGCAGCAAGCUUUCUCAACGAGGGUUUGGUGUUAAAAAGGUUUUGACUGAUUAUUUGAGCGUUGAUUCAAAAGGGAAGGACUUCAGCAGCAGUGAUUUCAAACGAUCAGAUUCAUUUUCAAGCACUACUCAAGAUGUUUCAGCAACCGCGUCAAUAGGCUCUUCAGAAUGUUCAAGAGAAAUUUCCAGCCCAUUGACACACGACUCGCCUGGGAAAGAAUAAUAAAGAUCAGUACUUGAUUAUAUGAAUGAACUCCUGUAUAUUUUCUUCUGAAGAAAGAUCCUUUUAUGCAUGCUCUCAUUUAUGUAGAGCCAUGUAUUUGAGUGUGAGAUAGGUUUUAGCAUAUACUCCCACUAUUUAGCCUUCAUUUAUCAAGAUAUCUUUAUGGUCAUAAACCAACAUCCUCUGUUAUUUUGCACUUCCUCAAUUGUGCAGUCUUGUUCCUAAGCUAAAUUCACUUAUGAGUCAGAUGGUAA